AUGGAGCCGAUGGCUGGAGACCGCCUGCCGGCUUCGCCAUCCCGCGUGAGCGAGGCGGUGGAGCACAAGCUCUCGGUGUUCCAGAAGCAACGCCUGGAGCACUUGGAGCUGAGCCGCGAAGUUUGCGCCGCGGACGGGCACUGCCAGUUCAGGGCAGUGGCAGCGGCGGGCGGCUUCAGGGCCAUUCAGCCCCAGACUCUGCGUCUGCGAGUGGGGCGCUGGCUCUUGGGUCGAGCCAACCAGUACGAGGGCUUCGUGCAGGGCUCUUUCGGCGAGUACGUCGCCGGGAUGAUGGCCGACUCUUGGGGGGACCACGUCAGUCUGGAGGCCUUGUCGGCCAUCCUUGGACGCAGGUACUGGCGGCCCACCGAUCAUGAUCAUCUUCUUUAA